CGGUUCCUGCUGGGCCGCUGCUUGAAAAGGAAGGAGGUGGCAGUGGGUAGCGCAGCCCCACUGGGCCGAGGGGCGCUGCAGCCGGCGGAGGCAACCACGUGACGUGGACUUUCCACCAGCAGGACGCCACUCGGGGAUCCUGGAGGACAGGGAACUCCAGGGACUGAAGCUCCCUGAGUUGCCAAAGCCUGGAGUCCUCAUGGCCUGGCUGAGCCGAGCCCUGCACGUGGCUGCCACAUGCCCUCGCCGGAGUCCUGCAUGGGGCCUGGGGCCUCGCUCCCUGACCAGCAGGGCUGGCCCCACCACUGAGAAGAGUGUGCCAUACCAGCGGACCCUGAGAGAGGCACAGGGCCCCUCAGUGGUGGCCCAAGGCCCCAGCCGGCCCCUGCCCAGGACAGCCAACGUGGUGAUCAUUGGUGGGGGCAGCUUGGGCUGCCAGACCCUGUACCACCUGGCCAAGCUGGGCGUGAGUGGGGCAGUACUGCUGGAGCGGGAGCGCCUGACCUCUGGGACCACCUGGCACACAGCAGGCCUGCUGUGGCAGUUGCGGCCCAGUGACGUGGAGGUGGAGCUUCUGGCCCACACGAGGCGCGUGGUGAGCCGUGACCUGGAGGAGGAGACAGGGCUGCACACAGGCUGGAUCCAAAACGGGGGCCUGUUCAUCGCGUCUAACCAGCAGCGUCUGGAUGAGUACAAGAGGCUCAUGUCGCUGGGCAAGGUCUACGGCGUGGAGUCCCACGUGCUGAGCCCGGCAGAGACCAAGACACUGUAUCCGCUGAUGAACGUGGACGACCUCUACGGGACCCUGUAUGUGCCGCACGAUGGGACCAUGGACCCUGCCGGCACCUGUAGCGCCCUUGCCAGGGCCGCGGCAGCCCGGGGAGCGCAGGUCAUCGAGAACUGCCCGGUGACUGGCAUCCGUGUGCAGACGGAUGACUUUGGGGUGCGGCGGGUUGCGGCAGUGGAGACAGAGCACGGCUCCAUCCAGACGCCCUGUGUGGUCAACUGUGCAGGAGUAUGGGCGGGCGCUGUGGGCCGGAUGGCUGGGGUCAAGGUCCCGCUGGUGGCUAUGCACCAUGCCUACGUUGUCACAGAACGCAUUGAGGGGAUCCAGAACAUGCCCAACGUCCGUGACCACGAUGCCUCAGUGUACCUCCGCCUCCAAGGGGAUGCCUUGUCUGUUGGCGGCUACGAAGCCAACCCCAUAUUCUGGGAGGAGGUGUCCGACAAGUUUGCCUUUGGCCUCUUUGACCUGGACUGGGAUGUGUUCACUCAGCACAUCGAAGGCGCCAUCAACCGCGUCCCUGUGCUCGAGAAGACGGGGGUCAAGUCCACAGUCUGUGGCCCGGAGUCCUUCACACCCGACCACAAGCCCCUGAUGGGGGAGGCGCCUGAACUCCGAGGAUUCUUCCUAGGCUGUGGCUUCAACAGUGCUGGAAUGAUGCUGGGCGGUGGCUGUGGGCAGGAGCUGGCCCACUGGAUCGUUCACGGGCGCCCGGAGAAGGACAUGUACAGCUAUGACAUAAGGCGCUUCCAUCACUUGCUCACGGACCAUCGCCGCUGGAUUCGCGAGCGCAGCCACGAGUCGUACGCCAAGAAUUACUCCGUCGUCUUUCCCCACGAUGAGCCCCUGGCAGGGCGCAACAUGAGGAGAGACCCCCUGCAUGAGGAGCUCCUUGCACGAGGCUGCGUGUUCCAGGAGCGGCACGGCUGGGAGCGGCCGGGAUGGUUUAAUCCCCGAGGCACGGCUCCGGUUCUCGAUUACGACCACUACGGGGCCUAUGGGACCCCGGUGCACGAGGACUACGCCUACGGCAGGCUGCUGGCCGACGAGUACACCUUCGACUUCCCGCCGCAUCAUGACAUGAUCAAGAAGGAGUGUCUGGCCUGCCGGGGGGCUGCCGCUGUGUUUGACAUGUCCUACUUUGGGAAGUUUUACCUGGUGGGCCAGGACGCAAGGAAGGCUGCCGACUGGCUCUUCUCCGCUGACGUCAGCCGACCGCCAGGCUCGACGGUGUACACCUGUAUGCUGAACUCCCGCGGGGGCACCGAGAGCGACCUGACGGUCAGCCGCCUGGCCGCCGGCCCCCAGGCCUCCCCACUGGCCCCCGCCUUUGAAGGGGAUGGCUACUACCUGGCCGUGGGUGGGGCUGUGGCCCAGCACAACUGGGCCCAUAUCAGCACGGUGCUGCAGGACCGGAAGUUUCAGUGCCGGCUCAUCGACAGCUCUGAGGACCUGGGCAUGAUCAGCAUUCAGGGCCCAGCCAGCCGGGCCAUUCUCCAGGAGGUGCUCGAUGCAGACCUGAGCAAUGAGGCCUUCCCCUUCUCCACCCACAAGCUGGUGAGCGCCGCUGGGCACCUGGUCCGGGCCAUGAGGCUGUCCUUUGUCGGGGAGCUGGGCUGGGAGCUGCACAUCCCGAGGUCGUCCUGCGUGCCCGUGUACCAGGCCGUGAUGACAGCAGGGGCCACGCACGGCCUUGUGAAUGCCGGGUACCGGGCCAUCGACUCCCUGAGCAUCGAGAAAGGCUACCGGCACUGGCACGCUGACCUGCGGCCGGACGACAGUCCCCUGGAGGCAGGCUUGUCCUUCACCUGCAAGCUCAAGUCGGCCAUCCCCUUCCUGGGGCGCGAGGCCCUGGAGAGGCAGCGGGCCAGGGGCCUGCGCCGGCGCCUCGUAUGUUUCACCGUGGACGAGAAAGUGCCCAUGUUUGGCCUGGAGGCCAUCUGGAGAAACGGCCAAGUGGUGGGCCACGUCCGGAGGGCUGACUUUGGGUUCACCAUCGACAAGACCCUCGCCUAUGGCUACAUCCGGGACCCCAGCGGCAGGCCGGUCUCGCCAGACUUCGUGAGGAGUGGGGACUACGCCCUGGAGAGGAUGGGGGUGGCCUACCCUGCCCAGGCCCACCUGAAAUCCCCCUUUGACCCCGACAACAAGAGGGUGAAGGGGAUUUACUGACCGGGCCAGGGCAGGGCUUCAGCCCAACAGGAGGCUGGAGACCUGCUGCCCCGCCUCACACUGCGGAUUCCCACAGGGUCUGUGCUGCCUGGGGCCCCAGGACCUGUCUGCCUCCAGAACUGGGUUGUCCUGGCCUCAGCCCAGGCCUGCGAAUCCCCCAACAGAUACACUGGGGCGGAAAGAGGACCCAGAGGGACCUUCCUAUGGUCACUGAACAAAGGGUGUUCUCUAAUCCAGUCCCACCCCCCAGAAAUCAAAUCUGCAAUGUCCUAGGCCCAGGGACCGUGUCUUGCAGCCCUCUAUGAGAUUGAAAAGGUGCUUACUAAACGCUUGACAAGCUCAGUGUAAAAAUAGCGA